AUGGGGACACAGCCUGGACAAGGCUACUACGCAGGGGACUCGGGCGGCGACCCUGGGCGCAAGCACUGCAGGGAGGUGUCUGAAGCCCGGCGCUUCCUGCCUGGCCCUUGGCCCAGGGUGGUGACUGGCUGUCGCGAUCGGGGCGCAGCGCACCGGCCAGUGCCACCCGGAGGCGCGGUCGUCCCUCCGCCCGCGCGCCGGGGGCCGGCCCUGUCGCCUGCGCCUUUUUCCCCCGCGCACACCGCGGCGGCGCGCGGCCACUCGCCAACCGCAGGGAGCGCGGUGGCUGCAGCGCCCUGCGCUCGGAAGAUGGUCCCCGCGACCGGACAGCUCGCUCUGCUAGCGCUGGGUUUCCUGUUAGCUGUGUGCGAGGCUCUGGAGAACAGCACAUCCCCCCUGAGUGCAGACUCACCCGUGGCGGCUGCAGUGGUAUCUCACUUCAACAAGUGCCCAGAUUCCCACACUCAGUACUGCUUCCACGGAACCUGCAGGUUUUUGGUUCAGGAAGAGAAGCCGGCAUGUGUCUGCCACUCUGGGUACGUGGGUGUUCGCUGUGAGCAUGCAGACCUCCUGGCAGUGGUGGCUGCCAGCCAGAAGAAGCAGGCCAUCACUGCCCUGGUGGUGGUCUCCAUUGUGGCCUUGGCUGUCCUCAUUAUCACCUGUGUGCUGAUCCACUGUUGUCAGCUCCGCAAACACUGUGAAUGGUGCCGCGCCCUCGUUUGCAGACACGAGAAGCCCAGUGCCCUCCUGAAGGGAAGGACUGCUUGCUGCCACUCUGAGACAGUGGUCUGAAGAUCCCAGAGGAGGAAUUCGGCCAAGCGUCCUAUGACAGUCCAACCAAGGAAAGGCGUCUUGGGACAACACCACCGGCAGUGCUCAGGCACCUGGGACAUGCUAGGAGACCUUUCCCCUCCGUGCACAACCGCCUGGGAAGCCUUCUGUCCUUUGAGAGUCUUCAAACUGUGAGAUGAAGCUUCCUGCUGGGCUCCUCAGUGCACCCAGAGAAGAGGCCAGUAGUCCACACCUUAACGACAAACUGAACGAGAACCUCAAAGGGCUGUCCUUCUUGCCAACAACACCAAGAAUGAGCUUGGGUUGGUGUCUGCCGCCAGCCGUGGAUUCCAGACUGUUUCUUCUCCAUGGGCCAUCUAGCCCCCACAGAGACUCCAUGGCUGGCGUACAAAAUGGACAAGGGGAAAUAUCUAUUAUUCUUUGAAGACACUAUGGCCUCCCACGAGCCCCGACAACUCAAGCUGUCGUCAGGAUGUGUGUCUUAUUUAUUAGGCGGAUAACACGAUUUUAUUUGUGAUCUCUUUAAGUCAAUGUCAGGCAUCCGUGCAGGUGAUACAUGAGUGGCUGGCCGUGACAUUACACCAAAUAGAAAUGUCCAGCCACUUGGAUAAAGUAAGGCUGCUGGGAGGGGGGCUUCCAUGGGCUGUAGAGACAGAAUUCAAAUGUGCAUUCUGCUGGGAACCAAACUGCUAUCCGGAGGUUGAUCCCACUGGGACGGGAAAGACCCUGGACACAUGCUGUCGCAAAGUUAGCAAGGCCAGUGGCAGAGAGUCCCCCUUGUGGGGACAAGAGGACAAGAGAGCCUGUGAGGGCACCUAGGGAGGAUGCACAUUCCAACACCUGAUUAAGUGGAUUAGCGUCCUGUCCUCAUGAGCCCAGCUCCAGCAUUCGCAGUGCACUGUGAGGCAAAUCCACGAAGGGGACCAGCCCUUUAUCAGUUUUCGCUUAGUUUUAGAAAGAGAAAUUUACCUUUCCUAUUUAUUUUCAAGCAUUAAGAGAAAUAGCUCACUAGUUUGGUUUGGUUUGGUUCCCUUUCAGAAUGUUGGCAUUAUUAACAAAAUCACUACCAAGCCUUUCCAAGCCCCUCUGGGCAAGGGCCUGUUCCCCAAGCACCUGAGGGUGCUCUGACCCAUUGAGCCCACCCUCGUCCCUGGGCUGCUCAGGACUGUCAGGAGACAGAGUGACAGUAAAUACGUUCAGCUGCUUGUUGAGACCCUUCUCCACCUUGGAAGUGAAGACUCUGCACCCUUCGCCCCCCAGACCCUCUAACAUAACACAUCAGGAAAGGGGUAUUUGGCAUAUCAAGUUGGCCUGAAGCUUCUAUCAGAAAAUUCUGAUAAAACUUCUCCAAGACUCCUCCAGUCCACCCUUCUCUCUGUGUUUUUCUCUUCUCAUAUGAUCUAGGCAUCUUAACCCAGGCACCCUUUGUUCACAAUGCCUGAAGACCCUGAAGAAGAAACUGGGUCUGGUCAAUGCUGCCCGCUAAUGACUUAGCUGACACAGCUCCAGGCAGAAAUCGUCAUUUUUGUUGUUAUUAUUAUUAUUAUUUUGGUGUGAUGUUUUAUCUUGUUUUGUGUGACAAGGUGUUGCUGUGUAGCCCAGACUAGCCUUUAAGUUAAGAUCCUUCUGCCUCAGCAUCCUGAGACCUGGGCUUAUAGGCAUGCACCACCACACCCAGCAGAGCCUUUUUGAUUAUUAAAGAAAAUAGGUUAAGCUUUCUUUCCUUGGGUCAUACAAGUGGGUCAAAGCCAAGGGGUAGCCUGCUGCUCAGACACCAAUCAACCUCACUGGACUUUAGCCCUCUAUUGGCCCCAGCGCUCUCAGUAGAACAACCUGAAGUCCUGACUCAUGGAACCAACACAAACGAAGGUGCAGGGCUUGUUUUAAUUUAGUUCCACACUGUUAGCUUCCAAUGACAGGUCUUUUCUGGUCUGUUGGAGGCUCCUGGAUGUCUGACUUAAAGAGUUUGAACUGAUAUCAAAAUAUCAACGGGAACUUCUUCACCCAUCCUGAAGAUGUUACCAUCCAAGACUCAGCAAAGGUGGGAAAAGUUAGCACAAACGCACAAUGGUGAAGGCAGAGGAUCUUGGGGGGACUUCAGCUUUAGUGUCUGAACAUUCCAGUUCUCAGGUCCAGCCUGUCGCAGCAGCCAGUACCAACCCAGUGCCUGUCAGAUGCAACCGGCUCAGAUGUCUCCCAGAAGUGCUCUCCAAUCAGUCUGCCUUUUGUAGAGUCAGAAGCUGAGACUAGGUUGAGGCAAGUCUGGUUAGACAUUGUCCCUGCCCUGACGUAUGGCAGCCCUGCUUCUUUGGUGACUUUGAUUUUGGAAGUCAGACAAAUGCUGUGUUCCUUCCUGUGCCAUCUCUCAGCACAGAUAGGCCUGGUUAGCUGUACCAGCACCCAGCUGUCAGUAGGCCUGGUUAGCUGUCCCAGCACCCUGCUGUCAGUAGGCCUGGUUAGCUGUACCAGCACCCUGCUGUCAGUAGGCCUGGUAAGCUGUCUCAGCGCCCUGCUGUCAGUAGGCCUGGUUAGCUGUACCAGCGCCCUACUGUCAGUAGGCCUGGUUAGCUGUACCAGCGCCCUGCUGUCAGUAGGCCUGGUUAGCUGUACCAGCGCCCUGCUGUCAGUUCACACUGCCCCCCUUGAUAUUCAGGUGCUGAAUCAGGAGCACGCUUUGGCAGCCUCGCAGGUCAGUGGGCAGUACAGCUGAUCCAGUGACUCGGGGACUAUGAACAUUCCCAUUAAAUGAACUGAAAUCAAUUCUAGAGACAUUGAGACAACUCAGUUAGUAAUGGCACUUUCUACCAAAAUCCCUGAGAACCUGAGUCCAAUCCCCUGGGACCCAUCUGGUGGAAGGAGAGAACCAACAUGCCCAGGAUGUCUUCUGAUUUCUACAUACACACAACACACACGCAGGGGCAUGCUUACACACACACACACACACACACACACACACACACACAAUCUAAUUCUUUAAAAUAAAAAUUAAUUCUAGAAAGGCCUCCACACCUCUAGCUGUAACUUUAAACACACCAUGGGACACGUUUUCUCUGUGGAAAAGUACAAUGGAGACUCAGUCUGAAAGAUAGAUUCCAGGUGGGCAGACACGGAACCAAACCACAAUUCAGUUUGUCAUGUGCCCCAGAAAAAGGUGGGAACAAUAGUCCCAACGUCCCUUUUCUUUGUCCCCUCAAAGGGGGGGAAAGGAGGCAUGGUUGGUACACACCCACCCACACUGGUGAGGGAAGUGACUGUGCCCCUGAGUCUUAGAUGGUGGCAUUGCUCCCUGCAAGUCCCUAGGCCAGGUUUCCUGGUGCCUGUGAGCCACUGGUUGGACCAGCAACAUUCUGACACAGACUACAGGCCCCAGUCCUAUGAUGGGUAAUAAGCUUGUCUCUCUCCCAAGGCCAAGGGGAGGCCAUACUAGUCAGCACAUCUUUCACAUAGGGUUUCACUCUAUAGUCCAGGCCAGCCUUGAACCCAUGAUUCCCCUGCCUCAGCCUACUGGGUUAUAGGUGUGUGCUGCCAUACCUAGCUUGUGUUUGCUUUGUAAUGUUCUGGUGUAAGCUGUAUUCCCUGAAGCCAUUGAUCUGUCUCAAAGACACAGUGUUGUACGCUCACAUGUACACAGAGAGAACUGGAAAGCAACGCCUCUCCACAGUGUAAUAAGUUUAUUAUAAGGAACCGGAUACUGUUUUUAGAACUCGUCUUUCCGACUUCUGUAUAUGAUGCACUGAAGGUUAAUAUGUAAUGUUUUAAUUUAUUUUAUGUGGUAAGUUAAUUUUGGUUUUCUGUAAUGUAUUAAUGUGAUUAGAAGCUUUUUUCCUUAAUAUCUGAAUUAUACUUAAAGAGUAGUGAGGAAUAUAAGAUACUGUUGUGUUUUUCAGAAUGUGUAUUGUUACUCAGUUGUAUUGUACCUUAUUUGGA